AUGGCUGCUGGAGUGUAUAACCAAGCAAUUGGGGCUUUUCAAUCCCAUUCUCUCGUCAACAAUUUUAAUCAUCAGCAGAAGUUCAACAAUAUUGGAAGACUGGUGGUCACAAAGGAUUUUAUCAGCAGUAACUGUUUGUCAAGAAAGAAUUUUAGUGUAAUUCAAUGUAUAGCUUCUCAAACAUCUGAGGUUGACACAGCAUCAUCCUCUUCAAGAAGCAAAACUAGUGCCAGAGACACUCACACAAAGUCAAAUGAAGCAGCUUUGAUCCUUGUUCGACACGGCGAGUCCUUGUGGAAUGAAAAGAACUUGUUCACAGGUUGUGUUGAUGUGCCUCUAAGCAAGAAGGGUAUAGAUGAGGCAAUUGAAGCAGGCAAAAGAAUUAGCAGUAUUCCUGUAGAUCUCAUUUUUACAUCUGCUUUAAUUCGAGCACAAAUGACAGCCAUGCUUGCCAUGACACAGCACCGCCGCAGGAAGGUGCCCAUCAUAGUGCACAAUGAGAGUGAACAAGCAAGGGAAUGGAGUCAAAUUUUUGGUGAAGAUACAAGAAAGCAUUCCAUUCCAGUCAUAACAGCUUGGCAAUUGAAUGAAAGAAUGUAUGGGGGACUACAGGGUCUCAAUAAGCUACAAACAGCAGAAAGGUAUGGGAAGGAAAAAGUACAUGAGUGGCGUCGAAGUUAUAGCAUACCUCCCCCAAAUGGUGAAAGUUUGGAAAUGUGUGCUGAAAGGGCAGUUGCAUAUUUUAGAGACCAAAUUGAACCUCAACUCUUAUCUGGAAAGAAUAUUAUGAUUUCAGCUCAUGGGAAUUCACUGAGAUCCAUUAUUAUGUAUCUUGACAAACUAACUUCCCAAGAGGUGAUUAGUUUAGAAUUGUCAACUGGAAUUCCAAUGCUUUAUAUUUUCAAAGAAGGAAGAUUCAUUAGGAGGGGGAGUCCAAUAGGACCAACCGAAGCUGGAGUUUAUGCCUACACUAGGCGUUUGGCUCUUUACCGGCAGAGGUUGGACGAUGUGCUUCAAUAA